AUGGAGCUUGCACCUGUGAAAUCUGAACUAAGCACAAGAAAUCACAGAUUGCUCAUGAUGGAUGGUGUUGAGGUUAUUGCCACUAAAUGUGUCAAAAGAAGGCGAAGAGAUUCAUCUAUGGCAGUGUUAGGGGGCAAUGAACAACAAGGUGAACAGUUAGAAGAACAGAAACAAAUGAGUGGCCAAUCAACUGCCACCACUGUUAAGAGAAGCUCAAGGUUUAGGGGUGUUAGCAGACAUAGAUGGACUGGAAGGUUUGAAGCACAUUUAUGGGAUAAAGGGACCUGGAAUCCCACUCAGAAGAAAAAAGGAAAGCAAGUAUAUUUGGGAGCUUACAAUGAUGAAGAAGCUGCUGCUAGAGCUUAUGAUUUGGCGGCACUCAAGUACUGGGGAACAACAACUUUCACAAAUUUCCCUGUAUCUGAUUAUGAGAAAGAAAUUGAGAUAAUGAAAACUGUAACCAAAGAAGAGUAUCUUGCUUCAUUGAGAAGGAGGAGCAGUGGUUUUUCUAGAGGUGUAUCAAAGUAUAGAGGAGUGGCAAGGCACCAUCACAAUGGAAGAUGGGAAGCAAGGAUUGGGAGAGUGUUUGGCAACAAGUACCUUUACCUUGGGACUUACAGUACACAAGAAGAGGCAGCUAGAGCUUAUGAUAUUGCAGCAAUUGAAUACAGAGGCAUAAAUGCAGUGACAAACUUUGACUUGAGCACCUACAUCAGAUGGCUAAGACCAGGAGCACAUUCUACUGCUUUUCAAGAGCAAAAGCCAAGCACAGACCCUCAACACUUUGCAACCUCUAACUCAAUGCAAACCAGAGGAAACACUGAGUUAUCCAACUCACUCAUCCAUUCAUUCUCCACAAAUGAAUUGGACAGUGACAAGAAGCAAGGCUUUUCCAAGUAUGUGACUCCUUUAAGUCCUUGCAACAAGUCAUCUUCCCCAACAGCAUUAGGACUUCUCUUAAAAUCCUCAGUGUUUAGAGAAUUGAUGCAGAGAAAUCUGAAUACUUCUAAUGAAGAAGCUGAAGAAGUUGAAUUAAAAUACUCACGAGAGGGCAAUGAUGGGAUUGGAGGAGGGAUUUAUGAUAAUGACAACACUGGUACUUACUUGUGUUCUAAUAUCAACAACAGAUUACCAAACUUGGAGUCAUCAGAAGAGAGAUCAUUGCCUAUGUAUCAUGGAAAUGUGCAAUCCCUAUGGAAUGGUGCUUUCAACAUGCCUAACUGA